UCGAGUCUGCGGCACGGGGGGGAAGGUCGUCCCUGUGACCGGCUCAGCAGUUGGAAGUUGUCGCCAUGUUGUCGGUCGCCGCCCGUUCGGGCCCGUUCGCGCCCGUCCUCUCGGCCACGUCCCGCGGGGUGGUGGGCGCGCUGCGGCCCUUGGUGCAGGCCUCCGUGCCCGCCACCUCGGAGCCGCUGGUGCUAGACGUGAAGCGACCUUUCCUGUGCCGGGAGUCACUGAGUGGCCAGGCCGUGGGACGGCCUCUGGUCGCCUCCGUGGGCCUCAAUGUUCCUGCUUCUGUUCGUUACUCCCAUACAGAUGUCAGAGUGCCCGACUUCUCCGACUAUCGUCGCACUGAAGUAUUAGAUAGUACAAAGUCUUCCAAAGAGAGCAGUGAGGCUAGAAAAGCCUUCUCAUAUUUGGUAACUGCAACAACUACUGUGGGUGUCGCGUAUGCUGCCAAGAAUGUUGUCUCCCAGUUUGUUUCCAGCAUGAGUGCUUCUGCUGAUGUAUUGGCCAUGUCGAAAAUUGAAAUCAAGUUAGCCGAUAUACCAGAAGGCAAGAGCAUGGCUUUCAAGUGGAGAGGCAAACCUCUGUUUGUGCGCCAUAGAACCCAGAAGGAAAUUGAGCAGGAAGCUGCAGUUGAAGUGUCCCAGUUGAGAGACCCACAGCACGAUUUAGAACGAGUAAAGAAACCUGAAUGGGUUGUCCUGAUAGGUGUUUGUACUCAUCUUGGUUGUGUACCCAUUGCAAAUGCUGGAGAUUUUGGUGGUUAUUACUGCCCUUGCCAUGGGUCACACUAUGAUGCCUCUGGCAGGAUCAGGAAGGGGCCUGCGCCUCUCAACCUUGAAGUUCCCACAUACCACUUCCCCAGUGAUGAUUUACUGAUUGUUGGUUAGAGACUUGGACUCAAGUCCUAGGGUUCUUUCAGUCUUCAUGUCUCUUCAGAAGAAUUGAGAGCAAGCUGUCUGUAUUUCAAGUUGGUUAAUUUGAAACGUUUAAAAAUUGUUAAUGUAUUUGCAAACAUUAAUGUAAAGUGAAUUGAAUUUAAUGUUGAAAACGUUCAAGCAUUCACUUAAUAAAACCACUGCUAAACAUUGUUAAGCUCAGUCAUAGACUUAGCAGGUACAAUGUCUUUCAUAACUUAAUUCUAAUUAAAUGUUUCAGACUGAUGUACAAGAUUUUUGUGAAAUUUAUAAUUGACUUUCUCAUUUACUUGUCCAAAUAUUUGUUUCCUGCUGUAUGUCAAGGCACAGAUUCUACAUAGCUUCUUGUUAGGAUGGGUAAAAUUAGCUGGUCAUCUCUAAAGUGAUUUUUCCUUUUUUUUUCCACAGGACUCAGUAAAUGUCCUAUGUUCUCUUGCAUUGUAAUCUUUGUGAUAAUGUUGAAUGUAAUCUAUGGGAAAGGGUACUGCAGAGGUAUUGGUACCUCUGAGGGUUUUCCGUCAGGUGAGGUUAGCUGGUUUUGUUUGCCUGGGUGAUAGGCUAUGAAGUUUUUAGUUUUUAUUUUUAUUUUUUGGUCCCUUAUGGAAGUAAGUUAGUACAGUACUUAGAAUUCUUUAAUUUUAGGAGGCAGUGAUGGGGUAAUAUCUGAGAGAAGCUUUCCAAAAUCAGAGUGCUUCUCUGUUAAUUCCUUCAUUUCACUUUGGGGGUGUUCAUGUCCCUAAUACUCCUGUGUCCACCCUAUCAAGAGGCAGAAAGGAGCAUCUGGGACUUAAUACUGUGUUGUAACAAAUGACCCUGCUGGUUUUGUUUGUAGUGAUUACAUUUUAGGAGUUUCUUCCAGUUAGGUUUGUAUGACUCAUCACUUCACUGUAAGGAGGUGGGGUUUGAACAUAUCAGCAUCAACAUCUUAUUUCCUUCUGCUUCCUGUCUAGAACUGGCAUCAAACAGUUAACAGGUGAAACAGGACUGAGGUGUGGUACUCCCCUUGGAACAGGGAGUGGGCUUUGCCCUUUGUUGAACAUCACAGCUACUUUUUGAUGGGUUUGUCUGGCUCGGGUUGUUGGGAGGUUGGUCAGUAAUAUAUGCACUGUACAAAAUCUACCUUUUUUUUUUUUUUCUGUGGUACCAGGCGUCGAGCUUGGGACCUUGCCCUUGCAAGGCAGGCGCUGGAACCACUGAGCUAAAUCCCCCGCCCCAAAUCUACCUUCUGAUCACAUGCACACUUGUGAACUACCAAAUGAGGUUAGGGCUGUCCAAAGGGAACUUACUAUCAUCAUUUAAUAUUAGCAGCUAAGUCUUUGUCAAAAAAGGAAAAUGCCAAAGUUUCUGUUAAUCAUUCUAGAAGUAAUUACUAAGUAUGGUAAUUGACGUGGGGGCAUGGAAGUACUAUUUUUUUUUUUGUUUUAUUCAUUGGUACAUUUUAUUGUUGCACUUUAGGUAUACAAUACGUUUACAUUUCUCAUUGGGAACUUGUACUUUUACAUGAUGCAUCUUGGUUCUUAUUUUUUCCCCAUUCCCAGCCCUCUCUUCACCCCCUCCACCCUUCCCUAUUUACAAAGACUUUGUUUCCAUUUUCUCCAUUUCUCAUAAUUUUUCCUUUCCCUUCUUUCCCCUGUUCCUCCCACUUCCCCUACCCCUUUGGACCUUUUCUUCCUACUAUUUUCUAAGACUCCACAUAAUGGAUUGUGUUCUGGUAUUGGGCCGGAGCAGAGCAGGGAUAUGAAACAUUCAGUUGUGAGGGAGACAGAUCCACACAUUAAAAAAAUUGUGUUGCCAAAAAUGUCAACAACACUCCUUCCUUACAGAGUAUAUUGAUACCCAUCCCAGACUACUGCCUCCAGUCCUCAACUGAUUUUGGAGUGCCAGAUAUACUGCAUUAAAAUCUACAUGGUGAUGGAGGACAAAAGUAAGUUCACAGGUCUCUUCAGUGUUGCAUCCCAGGUACCCUGAGCUGAAAUUGCUGUAUCUUGUGGGCUGCUUAUGUCUGAUGAUGUUUUGAGUUUCAUGAUGCCAUACAGUGAAAUCGCAGUAAUAUUUAAUUUUAAAUGAAAGCUUUGUUCCACAUGUGGCAAGAUAAUUCAAAUCAUUUGACUUGGACCUCUACAGUUUGCUAAGUGGAUAGAGCAGACCUAAUGUUAGCUUUUUUACUUAGUUACAGAAACAAAAUCAUAAAUAUUAGGGAGAAAUGACUUGCAGUGGAGGAAAUCUGACCAGUUGGUAUCCUGAUAGCAGACCAUUAGAGGAAUUGCUUUUUGCCGGGAAUCAUUCUUGAGACAGUAUUGAGGCUCAGCCCCUUUCAUUAUGUUUUUAAAAAGCAUGCUCUAGAAAAUACAUUAUUUGUAAAUUUUGCGCUAUUUAUUAGAGAUAGAUAUCUGUAAAAUCUUUGACUCAAUCUGAAAUAUAAAGGGAAUAUGUCCUUAUUUGGUAUUUAUGACUUGGGAUCAAAAUGCUUUUAGUACACUCAUUUUUCUAAACAAUGGGAAUAUACAUCUGAUUGUUAGAAGUCAUUCUCUGUUUUUCUAGUACUAAAUCUCAUUUUUUUGUAUUUUCAUGUAUUUGAAUUUUAUUGCAUUUCGUAUAUUAGUCCCAAAUAAAAGUCCAUAUUUUUAGAAUGAAAAA